GUAAAAACCAUUUCUAAAAGAUAAGAUUAAUCUUCCAAAAAACUAAUUGAGUAAUUUUGGCAACGCGACGCUAAGAUAAAAAAUUAUGCCUGGAAGAUACAGUUAAUAAUCAUGAAUAAUAUUCGAUUAUUUUAGCAACGCACCCCAAAAUUUUCUGCUGUCACUUAACACGUGGUUGAAUUUUUGUGCAGAAUACAAUUUUUUCUCGCUGAUUCGUUCGUGAAAAUUUCACGCUUUCGGGAGAAUUCAGAACGGAACAGCACCGGUUCCGACGGUGCGAUGGAUCGAUUGGCGACGGCGCCAGUUCCGGUUGUGCGAAGUCGCAGCUAGCCGGAUGUUUCCGGCUCCACCGGUUCCGACGGUGCGAUGGAUCGAUUGGCGACGGCGCCAGUUCCGGUUGUGCGAGGUCGCAGUUAGCCGGAUGUCUCCGGCUCCACCGGUUCCGACGGUGCGAUGGAUCGAUUGGCGACGGCGCCAGUUCCCGUUGUGCAAGGUCGCAGCUAGCCGGAUGUCUCCGGCUCCACCGGUUCCAACGGGGCGAGGGUCGGUAGUCCACAACAGCACUAACAAGGUCAUCAGCACAAUCACGAAACUUUUUACAGUGUUUUUACAGUGUGAAGUGUUUUUUUUUAUUUCAAAUAAAUUUUAUUUUUGUGAUGUAAAUAAAAUGCUAUAAAAACAAUUUUAAAACUGAUUUUCUUUUCGAUAAUUUAAUUUUAAUAAUUGUAUCUAAAGGACACGAUAUAUUAAAUCGUAAUUUUUUUAUGAGAAAACCAUUAAGUGAAGAUUCCACGUAUGAUACAACUUGCUCGGAUGAGUAGAAAAAAGCAAAAAAAUUGAAUGGUUACUCUACUUAACGACCCGUUACCUGUAUCGUAAAGUGCGUCCAAACGAUUCCAUUUCAUGGAAAAACGAU